UCGUUAAUGAACUAGUUUGUUCCUAGAAUGAGGCUCGCAAGCUGAAUCACCUCGAAGUGAUGGAAGAAGAGAAAAGACUUAAAUUGCCAGCGAACUGGGAAGCCAAAAAAGCUCGGCUGGAGGGGGAGUUGAAGGGGGGGCAAAAGAAGAAGGAAUGUGCAGCGAGAGGAGAAGACUACGAGCAAGUUAAACUGCUGGAGAUCAGUGCUGAGGAGGCCGAGAGAUGGGAAAGGAAAAAGAAGAGGAAAAACCCCGAUCUGGGAUUUUCAGAUUACGCGGCUGCUCAGCUGCGCCAGUACCAGAGGUUGACGCGGCAGAUCAAACCUGACCUGGAGCAGUACGAGAGGCUGAAGGAGCAGUAUGGUGAAGCGCUGUAUCCCACAUCUGACAGUCUCCUCCAUGGAAGCCACGUGCCAUCAAAGGAAGGGGUUGAUAGGAUGGUUGCAGAUCUUGAAAAACAAAUUGAAAAGCGUGAGAAGUACAGUCGAAGACGCCCGUACAACGAUGACGCAGACAUCGACUACAUCAACGAGAGGAACGCCAAGUUCAACAAGAAGGCAGAGAGGUUCUACGGGAAGUACACAGCUGAGAUUAAACAGAACUUGGAGAGAGGAACAGCUGUCUGA